UACUAUGUAAAAUCGUGUACAAACGCAACUUCAGAAGCCCCUUUCUAACCACAUUGUUCCCCCAUCCCAAACUCCUCCAGUAUAGAAAUUCGCAUCCACAUCUCAUAUGUCCUAAAACUUUGGUCCUGUUCAUAUCCCCAUAGAAGCUUCAAAUAUGUAGCUUGGAAGUAUUGGAGGACCCAAAAAUCACGGACUAUGGAGUUGGAUCAGGGACUGAGAGAUUGGAAAAUCCACAUACUAUGUCCAUUUCUCCCUCCGGCAUUUCCCCACUGUACUGUACUAUCUCCACCAUCUCCACCAACCACACCUGGUUUGUAAUUCGCAAUUGAAUAGGGCGGGAAGCUUAGAUUUCCCACUAAAAUCGCUCUCAUUCCCAGUUUCACUAAUCUGUGUACAAGACUCCCCACCAGUCCUGAGGAAUUCACGGGAUAAAGGAGAAAUGUUUAGGAAAUCUCACAGGAAAGGACUGGUUGUAAAUUUUAACAUCUGAUUCUCUCCAGCUAGUGCCCACAGCAGAACCAAGCUGAGGCUGGCACUUCAGACUGGCUUCUUUCUCAACAUAGAGCUGAGGGAAGACAAUAAACCUCAUUCAGUACCAUCCUCACAAUUUUUGCCAUACCCAGCCAUGGAGGGACCCCGGGAGCUUCUGAGUAGGAAGCUCCGGCUCUGCUUCACCCCCGCUGCCCGGACCAGCCUCCUGCUGCUCAGGCUCAACGACGCGGCGCUGCGGGCGCUGCACGAGUGUCAGCGGCAACAGGUUCGGCCAGUGAUUGCUUUCCAAGGCAACCGAGGGUAUUUGAGGGUCCCACGUCCUGGCUGGUCCUGCCUCUUUUCCUUCAUAGUGUCUCAGUGUGGCCAGGAGGGCCCUGGUGGUGGCUUGGAUCUUGUGUGCCAACAUUUAGGCAGAUCUGGGCCUAACCGCCUCCACUGCCUGGGUCCACUCAGGGAGCGCCUCACUAUUUGGGCAGCCAUGGAUUCUGUCCCAGCCCCAUCUUCAGUUCAGGGACACAACCUGACUGAAGAUGCCAGAGAUCACGAGAGCUGGCAGAACAUGGGAGACUAUUCUGCAGGAGACACAAUUUCACAGCCACAGAUGGCACUAGAAGAGGUGGCAGAUCCACUGGCAAGCAGCCAAGGACAGUCACUCCCAGGAUCCUUGAGGGAACACAUGGCACAGUGGGAAGUGAGGAACCAGACCCAUCUUCCAAACAGAGAGCCUGAUCAGGUACUGCCUUCCUCUGCUAGCCAGAAACACGUGGACAAGAAACGUCCAGCACCUGCAGCUACUGUAAAACUAAAAGAAAAGAGGCUCAGAUCUCUGUCUCUAGCUCCAAGUCCCCUACAAGGGCUGCCUAGUCAGGAGCUACAGGAGAGAGAAGAUUGGGAGCAAGAAGAUAAAGAUGAAAACAUUAGCCCCAGGCUGGUGCACAGUCCCUCAGUUCAAGCAGACUCUGAAUCCCCAAGCCCUGAAGAGGUACCGGAUUACCUCCUGCAAUACAGGGCCAUCCACAGUGCAGAACAGCACCAUGCUUACAAGCAGGACUUUGAGACAGAUUAUGCUGAAUACCGCACUCUACAUGCCCGUGUUGGGGCUGCAAACCAAAGGUUCAGAGAGCUGGGAGCAGAGAUGAAGAGCACUCAACGAGGAACUCCAGAAUACAAGAUGCUGGAAGAAAAGAUAGUCCAGGAAUAUAAAAAGUUCAGGAAGCAGUACCCAGGUUACAGGGAAGAAAAGCACCGUUGUGAGUACCUGCAUCAGAAAUUGUCCCACAUUAAAGGUCUCAUCCUGGAGUUUGAGGAAAAGAACAGGGGCAGCUGAAGAUGACAGAGGGCUCUUUACCCUCUGCCCAGUGUGCUAUGAAGGAACAAAGCAGCUAUUAACUAGUGUACAAUUGUCUGCUCUUCUUAUUGCUGAGUCCAUGGUGGGAAGUAGGAGAGCUGCUCUAGGUUCUUAAGGUUUUUCAUAUUGCCAUAUUUAAAUUUUUAGGGCAUGGGCACAGUGCCAAGACUCCACAGCUGUGCCCAGGAGACUAGGAAAAGUAGCAGAGACUUGGCUUCUCCACCUUUAGUUCAGCCAAGUUAUUUUUAAAUUCUGAGAAAUGAUACCAUUUCCAGGACAAGAUACCUUGAGAACAUCAGAAUUUACUUGGUAGCCUCCCUGAAGAAACAAUGAAAACUUUUGGUAACAGAACUAAAGGAACUUGUAAUACAACUGGAUAUAAUGGGAAAGGGCUUGGGUGUUACCCAUGUACUGAAAGUGAAUUAUUUUACAAACAUGGCUAAAAAAUUAAACUGAUUGCUUCUGUGUCAA